AUGAGCAAGGCUGAUGUAGACUGUAUCACGUCCGAAGGAAUGGUUUGGAGAUGUCAACCAUGUGGAGAUACAAGAAGGAAGAGUCUAAGAUUUGAAUCUGAUGCCCAGGAAGGUAAGCUUUCUCUUGAGGACAUUAUGAAAAAGAUUAUUGAGAUAGGUGAAAAUCAAAAAUCUAUCGAACAAAAUGUAAAUAAAUCUAAUGAACUCCUAAGUGAAAAAAUUGACGAGAACACUAAAUAUGUUAAGGAACAGAAGAUGUCAUUAGAUAAGUGUUUACAAACUAUAGAUAUGCUCGUAGCAGAGAAUCAACAACUAAACAAAAAGGUUAUUGAUCUAGAAAAACGUGUUGAUGAAAUGGAGCAAUACUCGAGAAUUAACGCAGUAGAAAUACACGGUGUUCCGCAGCAGCCUAAUGAGGAUGUCAUAGGAGUUGUGAAGGCAGUCGGUCGAGCCCUGGAUAUGGAGGUGAAUGAUACAAUGAUUGACGCCUGUCAUCGUUUGGGCAACAAACCUGGACCUAACAACACUCCACCCGGGAUUAUAGUCAAGUUUGUGCGGCGAAUGGACAAAGAGGAGUUCCUAAGAAAACGACGUGUGAAGAGGAAUCUCUCUACAAGACACAUGGAUAUGCCAAUGGACCAGGCAGUGUACGUCAACGAAGCUCUGACACCGGCGAGGCGGCGACUUCUAGGGGCGGCGAGGCAAGUGAGGAAAGAUAAGAACUUUCGACACCUAUGGGUUCGUGGCGGGAAAAUAUUUCUGCGCAAGGACGAAGGAUCGACUGUUAUACAGGUGACUUGCCAGGCUGACCUAGAUAAAAUUGUUUGA